ACGCUUGUCUCUUUCCAAACACAGUUUGUUCAAGUCUGUUCUCAUUCCUUCUCCUGACUUCAGAAGAAUUCAGCAGCUUGUACAACCUCCCUGACAACAAUGGUUGUUUGUGAAGGGUUUUUUUCUCGAAGGCAUGCCGGACUUGUUAUUCAGCUUUAUUUUGCGACCGUAAUGGAUCUUCAGGAAUACUUCAGAAGGAUCGGGUUCGGCGGGACGUACGAGAAACCCGAUCUGGCCACGCUCCGCACCGUCCACGAGCUGCACGUGAUGAGCGUUCCCUUCGAGAACCUCAGCAUCCACUGUGGAGAGAGGAACACCAUGGACCUGCAGAUCAUUUAUGAGAAGAUUGUGAGAAACCGUCGUGGAGGAUGGUGCUGUGAAAACAACCUGCUCUUCUCCUGGGUGCUGAGAGAGAUGGGCUACAAAUACACCACGCUGGGCUCUAGAGUCUUCAAAACGUUCAAAAAUGACUUCAGCCCCAUGGAUUCACACCUCAUUAACAUGGUGGAGAUCGAAGGCAAGCCGUAUAUCGCAGACGUGAGUUUUGGACUGUCAUACCAAAUCUGGUACCCGUUAGAAAUUAUCGCAGGGAAAGAUCAAGAGCAGCCGGCGGGGAUUUUCCGCCUGUUGAACGACGGUGAGAAGUGGAUGCUGCAGAAGACUGGAAGGAAGCCGCUGGUCCAGAAUGAAGCCUUCGCCAAUUCCAGCCUCAUUAACAAGCGCCUGACGACGAUGCUGUACUCUUUUGUGUUAACACCGCGUGAGAUUGACCAUUUUCUGAACACAAGCGAGUACCUGCAGACCAGCCCCGAGUCUCUGUUCACCCAGAAAUCCAUUUGUUCCCUCCAGACCCCCACUGGAUUCAGAGCUCUGAUUGGUUGGACCUUCAGUGAAGUCACAUUUAACCCUGAGGAAGACACGGACAUGUAUGAGAUGAGCGCUCUAGCUGACAGCGAGAUAGAGACUAUACUCAAGGAAAAGUUUAAUAUCGUUUUAGUUAAUAAACUGACACCAAUAAAUAGCAAAGCUGCAUAUAAACUGUAGAACAUGGUGUGUACACAAUGUGCAGAUUUUUGUAUAAGGCCCUAGAUCGUAUUCUCAGUCUUUUUGGGCAAACAAACCCAAUUUUAAUAUAGCUUUACACAGAUUAUAAUCUGAAAAGUGGGCCGUCGUUUACACCACAACUCUGCCACACAUGAUUCCGCUUGUAAAUCCAUAUUCAGUCAUCGUUUCAGCAUAUUUAUGUUAGUUUUCAUGACUUCUGUUGCUCCAGUGAGUCGGAGUAACUAGGGACAACUUUAAUUUUCCCUCUGACGGAAUCUAUAAAGGUUCCAGACAGAACCUUACAACAAAGAGUUUUCCUAUUAAAUGUUUUGUUUGUUUGUUUGUUUGUUUGUUUGUUUGUUUGUUUGUUUUUUUGGUGGAAGCUAAGAACCCUUAAUUAUCCAAUUAAACCUUGAAGAAACCUUUGUGUAUGUAUGUGUGUUUGUGUGUGUGUGUGUGUGUGUGUGUGUGUAUGUGUGUGUGUUAAUUGGGUAGGUGCAUGUUACAAGUUACAAAUCUUUAGCUUUUUUUUAAUACCGAGAACCUGUCUUUUCAGGAAAGGAAUGCAAGAUGAAAAUUUCUAAAGAGUUGAAAAGUCUUAAACAUUGGCUCAUGAACGUUAAGGCGACGGAAUACGAAUCUAACAGCUGUUGUGUAAAGAUUACAGAAGUUAGUAACUUAUUUCAUGCACAUUUGAUGUUGAGUUAUAUAAUCAUUUGGUCCAGACUCGAUGCCAAUACGGUAAGACUUUCAAAGUGUAAUCUAUCACAUGAUGUGUCAUGUGGCGACUAAAAAAAAAAAGGACUGUGUUUGAAACAAACUGUACAUGACUCUGUAUUUAGCUCUUUAGAGCAGAUAAUACCGGAUUGAUAAAGAGGUCGAGAAGGGAAGGGAAACUUGUGAAUAAAGGAUGUUGAACUAAAAAUAAUAAUAAAAUAGCAAUGAUGGGUCAGUU